AUGAUUAUUUCGUGUCGAACAAAUCUCUCAGACAGAUUCCAAUCAACUUCUAAAAUCACCACUAUGCAUCAACAAGAAUGUCAUAUUAUUGAUAGAACAGCUACAGAUAGUGAUCAACAAUCGCAAUCCAGUCUAUUGUCUGUAGGACCAAAUGCGUUGAUUACUUCUGUUAAGAUAAAUUCUGAUCUACAAGAGCAUUUCAGUCGCCUAUUUAGUUCUGACGAACGAAAUGAUAUCAAUACGGAUUUAGAUUUUCAUGGGAUUAGUGGAGAUGAAGAAAACAGCGAUUUACUUCUCACAUCACAAAGAGAUGAUCAAAGUAGUAGUACACUAUCACAAACAAUUACAAUUAAAAGUCAGCCGCGUUCUACAUAUCGUCCACGUACUGAAAAAGAGAUGGAGCAAACACUUUGCUACAUACAAUCUAAAGAGGGCAGUUCAGACAAAUACCCUUCGAUUUACGUAGAUAGAGAAUGGCAGCAACAGUCCGUUGAAAAUAUUAUUGAAGUUGCUCAUAUAGAUAUUGACGAAGAGCUUCAUCCAUAUCCAAUUAGAAACAGCGGUGAUACAUCUCGUACUUGGAUCGAUAGAAAUACCAGUUCGAGUAUUCUGUAUUUCCAUGUAACUCCUAGAGAUUUUGCUAAAGGUUGGAAAAUGUUUAGAAUUGCAAUUGUCAAGCAGAAACUAAGUGAAGUAAUCACGAAGGAACUUGUUCGGAAUCGACAAUGGGAGAAAUCUAUGUUUCGGUUCACACGAAUAUACUUAGAUGAAAAUCACACAUAUCAACGAGAUGAAACUUCUUCGAUAAUCACCUGUACAAUGGCGGAAAAAUAUGGAAAUAUUUCUGUUGCGUAUAUCAGUCAUCAGUAUGGGCCUAUGAGUGGUAAUCAGUUGGUCCAUGUGGUUUUCAAAGCUCUGAAAACUCAAGAUAGAAAACUACUGAGUUUUAAAAUUGUCGUCGAUGAACAUGGUUUGACUCAUGACAUUGAGACGUUUGCUACGAAGGGAAAUUUGGUACAUUUUCUGACACCUGCAUUACCAUCCAUACUACUCGAACCAGUAGAAGCAAAAAUCAUCGUUUUUUACAAAGGAAACGCGAUUUAUGAAGCUCGGUAUGUGUAUGAUGUAAAUAUAGACUUGUUAGUAUCUCGUUACGGAUUGAAGAUGUCAGUGCCAGCUGACACAGAUCAACUUCACUCAUGUGAUAGUUCAUUACCAGUGCCAGAACUUACUGGUUCAAGUACUACGUCAAAUAUCGAACAAACAUCAUCAAUGAAACGUCAACGCACAAUCUGA